AUGUCAGCGCCACUAGGCGAAGCGCGCCGAGGCGGCGGCGGCGUUCGCGCAGCGCGGCAGGCGAUCGCCGUGUCGGAGCUGUCGUCGAAGCUCGCCGCCUUCCGCAAGGACCGCGGCGUCGAGACCCAGGGCCUCGCCGUGACGCACUCGGUCCGGAUCGACAUCCCGGAGGUUGCCGAGGCGAACCGCUUCAACCCGGAGGGCGGUUUCGAGCGGAACUGGGUCGCCAUCCUGAUUGGCAAGGAGGGGAUCAACAAGCGGCGCUUCGAGGCGGAGACGGGCGCGACGCUGUACCUGCGCGGCAAGGGGACGCGCCUGCGCCACGACGGCCCCAAGGAGAUCAAGAAGGCGGGGCGCGGCCAGUACCGCGUCGAGGACAAGGAGGACGCCGAGCCGAUGCAUGUCCUCCUCGAGGCCGACACGGAGGAGAAGCUGUCGAGGCUCGGGAUCCUCGAGCCAAAGGGCGAGUCGACGUCGCUCGCGCUGUACGACGAUACGCAGCUCACCAAGCUCGCGAUGGCAAAGACGGAGGGCCACCACCACUCGGUCUGCCCCAACCGGAGGACCACCUUCCAGAUGGCCGGCGUCCGCUGCUCCGUCUGCGGGUCGGCCGGCCACUCGGCGCGCGACUGCAAGGGGGACCGCUCCGGCGCAGUCAAGCUCGUGCCAACGAGCGCCGCGCCGAGCACGCUGGCCGACGCCGACUACGCCGCGUUCCUCUCCGAACUCGACUCGCGCACCACACGGUAG